AUGUUGAAGUGGGCGGUAACACCAUCACGUCUAAAUGCAGAUGGCUUCGACCAUGAUGAUGAUAUUCAUCAUGAACAAAAUUACGAUUUAUUAACUCUCCAAGCAAUUAUUUCUCAACACCAACUUCCAUGUCUUGCUCGAUUGAUCAAUGAUGAUACAAAUGAAAUCAAUGAUAAUUAUUGUCUGCUACUUUGUGAAACAACUGAUCCGUACCUGCUCGUUUCAACUGAAGCCGAACGUUUUUCUAUUCCACUUUCAUUUGAUGGCCUAUUCGCUCCUGUUGAACAUGGAGUUACUCGUUAUAAUAUUUUACAAUCAGUACGUGUCCUACAAUCACAUCUCAAAACUCAGUCAUCAUCAUCAUCAUCAACAACAACAACAACAGGCUUCUCCCACUUUACCACAUUGCAACCAUGCACAGCAUUCAGCAAUGCAGCAUUCCGCCGUAUCCGUCCGGGAACUAUAUUGGAGCAAUGCCGAGCACCAAUCAUAUCAUGUCGAUCGCCAUCACCUGCAAAUUCAACGUCGUCAUCAACAUCUUCCAAACGUUUGCGUGCACUCUUGGCGAACAUUCCUCAUUCAUUCAAUAAACAUCUCCUGCCACAACAUCACAGUUCACGAUUGUUCAAAAAUCAACUGCCGCCAAGCGACUAUCUGGAAGUGAAAUCCGUUCAAAACGACGAACAUUUUUGCUUGAAAUCAGAAUCAACCGGCGUAUUCGUUCCAGUCUACAAUCAUCUACCAACCAAUGCUACUCGUCGUUCAUCGCUUUUACCUUGUUCAUCGCCAUUUUCAUCAUCUUUUUCGAAUCAAAUUCAAGGCUUGUACACUGCGGAGUUGUUAUGUCAACUAGCUCAUCAAUAUCCACUGAUCACCGAACUCGUCGUUAGUCGAACAUUAGAAGAAAGUGUUCCAAACGACGUCAGAUAUCCAUUCCGUCGCUUAACACUGCAUCGUCUCGUGGAACAACAUACACGAAUAAUUGCCUUCGAUAUGAAAAAUUAUGCUUUUAUUGAACUCGAUACAAGCAAUGCAUUAGAUUUCUAUCGAGUUGAACAUGAAGACACACUCUUUCAACGUUAUCAAGCACAAUUGCGUUGGUGCGAUUCUAACAUGUCGACAUUUCGAUCACAAAUUAAAACAGUCGUACAUUCAUCAAAUGGCACGGCAAUGUUUGUUCAAACAACUCCAGUUCAGGGUCAACAAUACCAUCUACAUCGAAAUUCAGCGCCGUCAACAACAACAACAACAACAACAAGUGGCAAUACUACAUCACCGAUACCAAAACAUGUUCCACAGACGAUCUUCACUUCAACAGAUUCGAUAUCUUCUGCUCGUUCACGUGCUCGUACACCUUUGUCAACUACUACGAAAUUUCAUACAGCAACUGAUCGUCCGAAAAGUCAAACAACUCGAACUAAUGCACCUGUUAGACAAGAUGUUCGCGUCUAUUUCAAUCAUUCAACAAUUCAAAAGCAAUUCGAACUUCCAGCACGGCCAAUGAUUAAACAAACGUCGUUUAACAAGAAGCACACGCCGUAUCGAACGAAUAGCACUGAAAGUGAUAGUUUGGAUGGUGACGGAGACGCAGAAGAUGUAUAUCAAUGCACAGCACUUUGA